AUGAUUACUCUUAAAUUUUAAACUUGUUUAUAAAAUUAAAUAUAUUAUUAUUACUAAUUCUUUUUCUGAAUAUUUGGAUAUAAUUCCUAAAAUUUCUUCAUUAAGUUGUUAACUCAAAAAAUGUGAUAUAUUUUCUUCUUUUUAACUUUGCAUCUCACUACACAACCAUAAAUUUAAUCAUCUUCAAGCUUGUUAAUUCAAACACCAUAAGGAAAUUGAAAUUUAUUUUUAUAUUAAAAAGAACUAGUAUUUUCUAUUUUUAACACUUCUUCUUGUUAAAGAAUUUGAUAUGUAAAGGAAGCAUCAGGAGCAAAGUCAACAACAUAAAGUUUCAUAUAAAUCGAAAGAGUGUGAUUUAUCAGCAAAUUAUAGUACAUCUUCAGCUCAUCUUAAACCUUCAAUUCAAAUGUAAGUUCUAAUCAAUACAACUUAGUAAAUAAUCUUAUAAUUAACAUCUUGCAACAGCUUUACCUUUAAGAAAAUUAGCUAGUCCUUAUAAACAGGCUCUAGGAGAUGGAAUAAUUGUUGAAAGAACAUGCUCAUCAGUUAGAACAAGUAAUUAUGUUAAGAGAUCUGCUGCUCCUGAAAAGAGAGUAGAAAAUAAAAGUGUUAUUUAUGAAAAAAGAUCAAUAAAAAUGCCUUUAUGUCCUCCACCAUCUACAAAUGUAAUUGAAGAAUGGAACUAAUCAUAAAGUUGUGUAAGGUGGGAGAUUUGAUAAUAGUGGGCAGGAACCCCUUAAGCAAUAAUUAAUUGAACCAUAAGAACCAGAAAUCUAAACAUUGGGGUUUUUCAAAAAAAUUAAGAAUUAAUUUAAUGAUCUUCUUAAACCAUCUGAUAAAGAAGUGGAAUAAAGAAUUAUUUAUUUAAAUGGAAAAGUCUACCCUUAAAUCAAUAUGCCAAAUAUAGUGAAAAACUAAAAAUACAAUAUUUUGUCAUUUGUUUCAAUGGUGCUCUAUAAAUAGUUUAGAUACUUUUUCAAUCUUAUAUUUUUGUUUAUUACGCUAUCAUAAUUUGUUCCUUUGUUAAAAGGGGGCUUUUUAUUUAGUUAUGUUGCUCCACUAGCAUUUGUAUUGAGGCAUAUGAUGAUUUUUAAAGGGAUUUAAAAGAUAAUGAAGCAAUUUCAUAUGAAUAUACACAAAAAAAGGAUAAAACAACAUAACUCUAAAGUUGUUAAUUAAAAGUAGGAGAUAUAAUAGAAGUACAUGUUAAUUAAAGGAUACAAGCAGUUUUAAUAUAACUAUUUAAGUUAGAGGUAGGUGGUGGUGAAGGUUAGAGAGAAGCAUUGUCAUUAGAAAUACACUUUGGUGUAAUACCUUUUUAGCUUCAGGUAAAAUAUAAGCUGUUGUAAUUUAUACUGGAAAAGAAUGCAGAUCUGCAUUAAAUUCAAGAGAACCUAGAAUAUGAAUUAAAUUAAUUAGCAAAAUUAUUAUGUGUGCUUUUAAUUUGUACAGCAUUUACUAUUGUAUUAAGCAGUGAAUUUAAUGAAUGGUUGCUUUAAUUAUUUAUACAUGUUCUAUUAUUAAGUUCAAUUAUUCCUAUAUCUUUAAGAGUAAAUUUAGAUUUUUCUAAAUUUUACUUUUCUUAUUGUAUUUCAAAUGAUAAAGAUAUUGAUGGAUCACUUGCACAAUGCCUGA